CGUGUGAGCUAAUGGACUCAUUCCAGCAGCUGGAAGCAAUAGAAGGCAGUUAUCCCUUUCGGAUCAGCCGUAGCAGGCGUGCUUGGUCAGUGUAUUCCAUUACUGCUAUUUAUGAUUUCUAUUACAGUAGAAGCUAGAACCCCCAGUAAGUUUUGAUGCCCUAUUGUGUUAGGGGCUGGGCCUUUGGACUCCCCCUGAGAGCAGUGUAAAGCGGAGGAGUAUGGUCCAGCGGGGAGACGUGCAUGAUAUUCCAGCCAUUAACCUGCUGUCUGGCCUUAAGCAAAUCUCUUUGCUUUUGUUUCCUACCCUCUUUUAUAGGGUAGGAGUAACCGUCCUUAGCCCUGGUCUACACUAGGACUUUAGGUCGAAUUUAGCAGCGUUAAAUCGAUGUAAACCUGCACCCGUCCACGCAAUGAAGCCCUUUAUUUUGACUUAAAGGGCUCUUAAAAUCGAUUUCCUUACUCCACCCCUGACAAGUGGAUUAGUGCUUAAAUUGACCUUGCCGGCUCGAAUUUGGGGUACUGUGGACACAAUUCGAUGGUAUUGGUCUCCGGGAGUUAUCCCAGAGUGCUCCAUUGUGACCGCUCUGGACAGCACUCUCAACUCAGAUGCACUGGCCAGGUAGACAGGAAAAGAACCACGAACUUUUAAAUCUCAUUUCCUGUUUGGCCAGCGUGGCAAGCUGCAGGUGACCAUGCAGAGCUCAUCAGCACAGGUGACCAUGAUGGAGUCCCAGAAUCGCAAAAGAGCUCCAGCAUGGACCGAACGGGAGGUACGGGAUCUGAUCGCUGUUUGGGGAGAGGAAUCCGUGCUAUCAGAACUCCGUUCCAGUUUUUGAAAUGCCAAAACCUUUGUCAAAAUCUCCCAGGGCAUGAAGGACAGAGGCCAUAACAGGGACCCGAAGCAGUGCCGCAUGAAACUGAAGGAGCUGAGGCAAGCCUACCAGAAAACCAGAGAGGCGAACGGCCGCUCCGGGUCAGAGCCCCAACCAUGCCGCUUCUAUGAUGAGCUGCAUGCCAUUUUAGGGGGUUCAGCCACCACUACCCCAGCCGUGUUGUUUGACUCCUUCAAUGGAGAUGGAGGCAAUACGGAAGCAGGUUUUGGGGACGAAGAAGAUGAUGAGGAGGAGGAGGAGGUUGUAGAUAGCUCAGAGCAAGCAAGCAGAGAAACCGGUUUUCCUGACAGCCAGGAACUGUUUCUCACCCUGGACCUGGAGCCAGUACCCCCCGAACCCACCCAAGGCUGCCUCCUGGACCCAGCAGGCGGAGAAGGGACCUCUGCCAAGUACCCUGAGAUCAAGAAGCUGAUGGGUCCAGAUCCCCAGCUGAAGUGGGUAGUGACCCUGAUGGUGCUGACCCAGCUGGUGGCCUGCUACCUGGUGAAGGACCUGCCUUGGAAGUGGGUCUUCUUCUGGGCUUACGCCUUCGGGGGCUGCCUCAACCACUCCAUGACACUGGCCAUCCAUGACAUCUCCCACAACGUGGCCUUCGGCAACAAGGAGGCCAAGUGGAACCGCCUCUUCGGCAUGUUCGCCAACCUGCCCAUCGGGGUCCCCUACGCCACCUCCUUCAAGAAGUACCAUGUCGACCACCACCGCUACCUGGCCGGGGACGGGCUCGACGUGGACAUCCCCACGGCCUUCGAGGGACGCUUCUUCCACUCGCCGCCCCGCAAGAUCCUCUGGCUCUUUCUGCAGCCCGUCUUCUACAUCCUGCGGCCCCUCUACGUCAACCCCAAGCCCGUCACUGGCCUGGAGGUGAUCAACGUCGCCGUGCAGCUGGCUUAUGACCUCUUGAUCUACUCCUUGUGGGGGCCCAAGCCCAUCUUCUACAUGAUCGCCGGCUCCACACUGGCCAUGGGGAUCCAUCCCAUCUCCGGACAUUUCAUCGCUGAGCACUACAUGUAUCUCAAGGGCUACGACACCUUCUCCUACUACGGCCCCUUGAACUGGCUGACCUUCAACGUGGGUUAUCACAUGGAGCAUCAUGAUUUCCCCAGCAUCCCGGGCAGCAAGCUGCCACUGGUGAAGAAGAUCGCUGCUGAGUACUACGACCAUCUGCCCUACCACACCUCCUGGGUCUGCGUCCUCUGGGACUUUGUCUUCUGCGAGUCACUGGGGCCCUUCGCCCGCGUGAAGAGGAAGUACAAAGUGGCCAAGGCGGAGUGAAACAAGAGGGUUACCCAACAGAGCUCCCCGCUCUCCAGCCUCUCAGGGGACGGGGGGAGGUUUGACAUCAGGGGAGUUAUUUAUACCUGUUGCCUAAUACCAGACGUGUACACGCUUCAUUUAAGGGUCAAAUAUUGUCAAAGACUCCACUGACCGAGACAUGAGUCAUUAGGCAGCCUGAUCGGGCCAUGGGAGCACUCCUCCUGGCCGCUCGGCUGGUGUACAACUACCCCAGACCACCCACGCCCCUCCCAGCAACCAACACAGGGGGUGCGGCCAGUGGUACUGGGACAUGGCUGAGAAGGGGGUGUAGCUAGGGCAUCUCCUGGGAUCACCAGCUGCUGCUAACAGACAGUGUAGAUUAGAGCAGCCUUCAGGCUAUUCUGUGCCAGGGACUAGCUUGGCAUCCCGAUGGCUUUCCUGCCACCUUCAUUCCCCCCACACCCCAGACUUCUUAUCAAAUGGUCCCCAGCCAAUUUGGAGCAUUGGCUGGUAUGUGUACAUAGGUAUUACUAAGGGCCACCAAAGAUACCUCGAAUCUAGGCUGCAGCAUUACAGGCCUGAUUCCCCGCUCCCUCAAAGUGGUGUGAUUCUGGAGUGACCCCAUUGAAAUCAGUGGCAUUGAACAGGCAUAAAUCCAUGGGAGUCAGUGGGGCUGAUUCAUGCCUCCCUCACCCUGCUCUAGACCAGGAGCAACUGCCCUAGUACGGAUGUAAAGGAAACAAGAAUCAGGCCCCUUAUAAAAUUUGAACUGUAAUAAGUGAAUACCCAGAUCUGCAAGAAAGGACCAGGCAUACAUAAUGCAAAGAGACAGCCCUACUUAAUUAGUCAUGUUCCUUAUAUUAAAAGUAACAUGAGGAGAA